UCCUCAUUGUUUAUCAAGGUUCACACGCUCAUCUCAUCUAAAUGUUCAUAUCCGCACUCACACCGGCGAAAAGCCAUACCAAUGUAAAGUAUGUGACAAAGCGUUCAACAAAUCAAGCAAUCUAGUACGUCACUCAAAAAUUCACAAUAAGGACCAACAGCACAAGUGUCCUCAUUGUUCAUCAAUGUUCGCGCAGUUUACCCAAUUGAGAAUCCACAUUCGCAUUCACACUGGCGAAAAGCCAUACCAGUGUAAAGUCUGUGACAAAGCGUUCAGAUCAUCAGGCGAUUUGUCAACACAUUCUAAAAAUCACAAUAAGGACCAACAGUAUCGGUGUCCUCACUGUUCUUCAAGGUUCGCACAGUCUUCUAACCUAAAAAGACAUAUCCGCACUCACACCGGCGAAAAGCCAUACAAGUGUAGAGUCUGUGACAAAGCCUUCAGUUCAUCAAGUAAUCUGGCAGAUCAUUCCAAAAUUCACAAUAAGGACCAACAGCAUCAGUGUCCACAUUGUUCCUCUAGGUUCACACAGUCAACUAGCCUAAAGAAUCAUAUCCGCACUCACACCGGCGAAAGGCCAUACAAUUGUAAAGUAUGUGACAAAGCAUUCUAUUCAUCAGGCAAUCUAGUACGCCAUACCAGUUCAUCUACUCUAAAGAUUCAUAUCCGCACUCACACCGGCGAAAGGCCAUACCAGUGCAAAGUCUGUGAUAAAGCGUUCAACCAAUCAGGCAAUCUGGCACUUCAUAUUCGCACUCACACUGGCGAAAAGCCAUACCAAUGUAAAGUCUGCUACAAAGCCUUCUAUUCCUCAAGCGAUCUAGUACGUCACUCCAAAACUCACAAGAAGGAUGAACCUCAUUAA